CAAGGAGUGACCCUUCAGGGACCAUGGCCCUAAGUCUGCAAGAGGAGUUGACCUGUCCAGUUUGUCUGGAAAUUUCCCUCACCCCAGUUUCACUCUCCUGCACACACAUUUUCUGCUUUCCUUGCGUGCACAGAUGGAUGCUAGAAGACUGGGAGCUGAAGGUGACCUGCCCCGUGUGUCGAGAGGAAAGCGACAGCGCCCCCGCGGAGGACUUGAUAAUUGGAGGAAUAUCCUUGCUGUUCACACAGCACCGUGCCCUACUGAAGAAAAGCCUGCACGUAAGCAGUGAGUUGCUGAGGUUCUGCGAGGAUGUGACCCUGGAUCCCAGCACUGCCCACUCCUUCCUCGUCCUCUCUGAGGACCUCAGGAGUGUUCGGUGCGGGAAUGUCUGCCACAACCCCCUGGAAGAUCCCGAGAGGUUCGCCUACCUGGCCUGUGUCCUGGGCACCCCGUGCUUCUCCUCGGGCCGCCAUUACUGGGAGGUCGAAGUGGGAAAGGCGGAGGAGUGGACCCUUGGGAUCUGCAAGCAAUCAGUCGACCGAAAGAGAAAGGACGGUUUUACCUCUGAGAACGGCUUCUGGUUUAUCAGCAAGAAGGCAGAAACCAUCUAUACCGGCUCCAUCCCAGAAACCAGCCUUCCUGCAAUCCCUGAACUGAGGCACUUAGGAAUUUUCUUAGAUGUUGAGAUGGAAGAAGUCAAGUUUUUUGAUGUGCAAGGUAAUACCCUCAUCUAUACACACAGUCAUCUCUCAUGUGUGGAGCCUUUGCGUCCGUUCUUCUGUCCUGAGCUGCCUAGAGAAGGUGAUAGUGGAGCCUCCAUGAAAAUCUGCUCAUGAGAAACUCAGCACCUCCUGGAAGAUUUGUUAGAGGUGAAUGAGUCCUUUGGCCCGAGAAAGGGCAGAAUGACCCGGGGAGAGACCAUGUGUUGUAGUAGUACAAAGGUUUUGCAGAUUUUUAAAAUAGAUUUUGCAGACUUUGCAGCUAAACAUGUUUUAGGAUGUAUUUUGUAGACCUUGUAGCUAAAGAACUAUGGGGUUUUAGGGGAUGUUAUUAAGUGCUAAGCCCCAGUUUUCCUAGUCUUCAAGUGGGAAUAAUUAUAUCUUUCAGCCAAGUAGCUGUGAUGAUCAGAGACAAUGUUGUGCAUUUAUUUUGCACUAAAUACAAAUAGGUCAUUUUAGU